AUAGUUGCCAGCUAGUCGAAAAUAAAUUAACAAAACAAUCUCUACGACGCAUAUCUAUCUAGCGAAGAAAAAAAGAAGAAAAUAACAAAACACUCUAUCACAUCCACCCUUUGGCGAUUUCUAUUCCAGUACACCUAUAAAGAGCCGCGGGGUUGCAAUAUUCUUAGUCAGAAAUCUAGACGUGUGGAAAGGGAUGGUGUUGUAGCUGUCGAAAAGUAGGUGCGUAGCUAGCUCCUCAGCCGAGCUGUUCAAAGCUCAUAGCAGGCUUUAGCCUAGCUAUUUCGUUGGGUUUAACAUCGGAUGAGAAUUUCCUUUCUUAAUUUGAAAGGAAAUGUUGUGGAAGUUGUGAGACGGGCAAGUUAUAGAGAUUUAUUUUUUUUUGUUUACCUUUGUUCUAUCUGCAGUUUACCUCAAAAUUAUUUUUACAUUUAGUUAUUAUUUACACCUUAAAAUUGUUUUUCCUUGGUCUCACCCGUAUAUUUUAAAGUUCAUCUGAAAGAAAAAGUUAUUGUCAUUUCAAUUUUAUUUUAAUUUACCCGGUGAUCUACAUUAAAUUUAACAUGAAAACCGAAGUGUUUGUCGGUACGCCCAAUGUUAAAACGGCUGCCAAUGUUAUUUCAUCUACGAAAUCAACCACCGAAGACCCGGUAUCAAUACUGUUAUUGGAUACACCUCAAAAUACUCCCAUUGGUACUCCUGGAUCUGAUAUUACUGCAGAUGAAAUAUUGGAGCAAAUACAGAGUGAAGUGCAAGCUUCUGCUGAAAUUUUACGAUCAGCACCCCAGCCAAUAGAAAUUCCUAAGAAUCAGCAUACACGAAGACGCAACAAAAAGAAACGCACCAGAUCUUAUUGUGAUAAUUUUACAGAUUCUUAUCGAAUGACAGACGAGAUCCUUGGGGAGGGUGCAUAUGCAUCUGUGAGGACUUGUGUUCAAAUUAACUCAGGGAUUGAAUUUGCAGUCAAAAUUAUUAUAAAAGAACCUGGACAUCCACGAGAACGUGUUUUUCGGGAGAUAGAAACAUUCCAUCAUUGUAGAGGACAUCAAAAUAUCAUUCAACUUGUUGAGUUUUUUGAAGAACAAGAUAGGUUUCUGUUGAUUUUUGAAAAAUGUUAUGGAGGUCCCCUGCUUGCCCAUAUUCAAAGGAGGAUUCAUUUUACCGAACAUGAAGCAAGCAUGGUUAUAAAGGACUUGGCUAAUGCUUUAAUGUUCUUGCAUGGAAAAGGUAUUGCUCAUCGGGAUAUCAAACCAGAAAAUAUUCUCUGUGUCAAUAGAGAUCAGGUUUGCCCCGUGAAACUCUGUGAUUUUGAUUUGGGAAGUGGUGUAGCUUAUCAAGCUUCUACUCCCUGUCUAACUCCUGAGCUAGUCAGUCCAGUUGGCUCUGCAGAAUUCAUGGCACCAGAAGUGGUAUGUGGAUUCGUAGGAGAGGCUACACGAUAUGACAAGCGUUGUGAUUUGUGGAGUCUUGGUGUUAUUAUGUACAUAUUGCUGUGUGGUUAUCCUCCAUUCUAUGGUUGCUGUGGUGGUGAUUGUGGAUGGGAAAGAGGAAAAGCGUGUGAAACUUGCCAAAAUAUGCUGUUUGAUUGUAUACAAGAGGGUGUCUAUGAAUUUCCUGAGAGAGAGUGGAGUUUUAUAUCUGAUGAAGCUAAAGAUCUGAUAAGUCAUUUGUUGGUAAAAGAUGCAAGCCAAAGGUAUUCAGCUGAAAUGGUUUUACACCAUCCAUGGGUGGCCAACGGUGGCUCAUUUACCUUAUUGGGCACACCAUCAGUGAUUCGAAGAAAUAAUUCUGCCAGAGAUUUGGCGACAUUUGCUGAAAAUGCCAAUGCGUAUCAACGAUUGCAUUCGGGGGCUUCGUUACCUUCUGCUGGUGUGCAAGAAGAACAUUCUUCUAUGUCAUCUUUGUCCAGCUCAUCUGCUGUUGGCUUUAGUCUUUCACCUCUUAGUGAUUCGUCUCUGUACCAACGUCGCCGUGACAACCAAUCCCAAAAGAGCUUGAAACCAAGUUAAGUCUACCAGUCCACUAUUUUCUUCCUCCUCUAAAUUUAGACAUUAAAUUAGGGUCAGGGCUCAACUAACAGUUCAGAUGAAUCUAUGCAAAGAGUAGUAGUAAAUGUUCUCCCCUUAUUUCAGAAAAAUGUUUUUGUUUUGCUGGUCCAUUAUAUUCGUGUUGCAAAACUCAAUGAAGUGCCCUUAAGUGUUUUUUUUUUUUUAAUUUUAUUUUAUUUUUAAAAAAUUUUUGUUAAGUCUUCAAAUUAUGAACUUUUGCAGAUAUGGUCUAUUUUUUAUACUUCAAAUAAAGUUCAUCAAAAGCGAUCUAUUUCUCAAGAUUGUUGAACGUAGUCCUCAAAGAUCAGACUAAUCAAAUUAGUUGCAGCAAAUACUAAGUUUAAUAUUGAAAGAUCGUACAAAAUGUUUAAAAGUGUGAGAUAUGUAUGAGAAGUUUUGUUGAAGAAGCUGAAAGAACCAGAGUUUUUGAUUUAUCAUUUUAUUGGGUAUUUUAUGUUGUCAUCAUAGUCCAUGGGUAUUAUACUUGUUUUUUACCAUCACUGAGAUGAGUGAUUUUGAAAUGUUUGUUCUCAGAUUAUUGUUUUGCUGAAGAAGUAAAGUUACUUUAAACAAAUACUGAGUAUUUUGAAAUGAUCGUGUGUGAUCGAGCAAGGUGCUUUUUUGUAUGUUUAAGAAGGAAAUAAAGAACCUCUGUUUGAGAAAA